AUGAAAGAUUUGGUGCCGAAAAAUCGAGAAGAUGACGAUUUUCGGAGGUAAGAUAUCAGAAUUUUCAUUUAAAAUUGGAAAGAAAACUUUGCAGAGACCUAAAAAUCGUCUGGCAACACGACCCAAUCAACGAGUGUCCGUGGUCGACGACAAUUGAGCAUUUGAACGAAUUAUUCGAUUUGUACAACGUCGGAGAAGUCAAAAAUGUUCUGUGUCUCCGUCUAUUCGCUCAAUCCAUUUUUGAAGUUGUACGCUUUUUUUUUAAUUGAUGAAAAGCGGCCAAAGAAGUAUGAAAAAUGCUGUGAGAGAUCGCUGGUGGAGCAAGGCAUUAUAGCAAAAGAUUAUCAAUUUUUAUCUAGAAACAGUUAAAAAAACAACUAUUUUUGCAGGCAAACAGUCCGGUGGACUCUCCUAAGCUCAUGCACACAAUUUUCGGCGAAAGACUCAUAAAUCAGGUGGCGAACUACGAUCAACAAGUGUACGAGGCCAUCGGGCACACUACACAGUACAUGGCGUGGAAAAUACGCAAAGCUCAGAUCAUGUACAGAUUUUCUGGAUUUUUCAGACUUUCAGAGGAUUUUCUUGACGUUUUUCAUAUUUUUCUGUUUCUCAGGGCUGGGCAGUGUUCGGCCCAGGCUUUUCGAAGGCUUUCUAACAAAGGCCUGGACUCCAAUCGCGCCCAAACUUUGCAGGCUUCUUGAACAACGCUUUAUUCGACGAAAUCUGAGACCGAGUUUCUGUUGCUCUGUUUUGAUAGUUUUCCAUAAUUUUUCAGUGAUAGUUAGCCAGACUAAUAUCAGAAAGGUUUUGUGGGGCCUUGCCGCUGAGUGCAUUUUAAAAUCUUGAAUGGAUUGAUUUCAUAAAACAUUCAGCCUGCUUUAAAGCAUCUCGCCACGCUGAGGAUGUUUUUAAAGGAGCAAAAUAAGCGGCCAUGUCGUCCUAAUAAAGGUUCGGGGUUAGGUCGCGCAGUGAGGUCUCCUCUGAACUGUCUCUUUAUAAUUUUACUCUAUUAAGUGUCCAUAACAGAUCGAGGUGGUUUAGGAACCUAAGCUUCUAACGUUUGCUACUCAACAUUCUUGAUUCUACAGUAGAAUUUCUACUGCUUCGGAGUAAAUUCAACGCCAUCGAGAUCACUGAAGUACUGAUGCUUUGAUUAGCCCAAAUUCCUUCAUUAAAAAACAGAACAACAGUGAAAAACGAAAGCUAGUUGAACUCGGCCUCUUAUUUUAUAUUUGGCCUCCUAUUUCCGAACAGAGCCUGCCAAAAGUCCGGGCUACGCCAGGCCUUCAAAAAGCCUGUCCAGCCCUGAUUCUUCUAGAUUUUCAAAGCAAUUGCUAAGGUUAUGGGUUCCUUUCUCUUUUUCUAAUUCUCUUUAUUUAACUCUUUUUUUCCAGAAAUUUCCGCCGUACAAGCGAAGAGCACACGUGGAAAAGUGUGCGAAAAAUCAUGAUCGACGUUUUGAAGAACAGCGAAAUUUCUGAAAAUGUGAUCGCUGGAAUGGUUAGUUUCUCCUCUCUAUCAUUGAACAAAAUGCAGACUGAAAGCAUUAAAAAAAUCUGCAAUUUUCAGACGGCUGCGAUUCUGGAAGAGGUGGUGCGCGGGGACCGUCUCACGUGGGCCGAAGACGGUCCUUUGCUCCGUCGGGACCGUUUCCCGCACGUUUUCCGCGUCGCUUUCCGUCUUUUCAACGACGCGAUCGGCGAGAGACUGCGGAAAAAGAGGGCGGAAGUGGUGUACGAGGCACUCGCCGCCCGGCUCGUCACUUUUUACUGCAGACUGGCCGCCGACACGUGGAGGUGAUUUUUUUUGGAUUUUUUUAUCUCAAAAAUGAUCAAGAUUGGCCUAAAAUGAACGUUUUCUAUUUUUGCAGAAUUCUAAUAUUGCGAAAUGGGCCGAAAGUCGAAGUGGAGCACUUUUUGUACAGAAAUGUGGAAGUGAAAAUGGUAAUUUUUGAAAAAAAAAAUAUUAAAGAUGGAUUGGUUGUUGAAAAUGCUUCUGUUGUUAAUAAUAACUCAUUUAUUCACUUCGACCACAAUGCUUCUGUUGCUUCUGUUGUUGUUUAAAAUAUAAUUUGAAACCGGAAUGUUUCCUUGCAACUUUUCCACGACAGUUACUUUUUUCAGCCGAAAGUGCUCAUCCAAUCGCAGCCGCCCACGUCGAACUCGAAUUCGAGCAAUAAUAACGAAAAAUCGGUCGACGCCGCCCGUUUUACCAACCAGAGACCACUUUCGAGACCGAUGAAGAGAGAGCAUGACGUUUAUUGA